UGAUUCCACUAAGAACAUACACAUUGCCAGAGGUUACCAAAUUUUGUAAGCUAUUUUGACCGAUGCAAAGAACUCUUAAUAUCGACCUAAACAAGGUAUUUUUCAGUAACACAAACCUUAGCAAGGAUCCCGUCAAGAUAGAAACGCUUGAGCCAGCAAAUUUGAACUGUCAUUGUGGAGUCGAUAGUGUAGAUGUGUUCACUCAGGACAGCCAGAUGCUGUGUAGUGACUGUGCUGAACUAACAAACUCAAAAGUACUCAUGAACAUUGUGAAAAAGAAAGAAAGAGUUAUUAAACAACUCAAGCUCUCACGGAGAUUUCUUCACGAAGGAACCCUAUACCUGGAGUAUUCGAAGAACUUCAUCUCUCAGAAGUGAUAUGACCGAGCAAAGAAGGAAUACGUACAAUACUAUCAGCAGUAUCUCUGCUUGAUCGAGGAAGUUGAAUCAAACUUUAAGGAAGUUAACCAAGAGAAUGCUUCAUACAUCCAAGAGAUCUGCUCAGCAGUGGAUUACCUAGUUAAAACUCUCAGAAAUCCUAAAUGUAAUAAAUCAGUUGAUACUGAGAUGCGUAAGGUUCAUAUUCAUCUCCUAAAGGAGUUGAGUAAGGUUGAAGACCCAGAGGACCCUUCCAACUCCUUGAUUGACAUCAUGAGUAUCUUCUACACAGUUUCAGAGUAUGAAACCAUCAAGUCCAAAAUAGUUGAAAAUGAUACCUUAUUAACGGAAUGCAAGGAACUAAGAAAGAAGUGAGAAAAGCUAUCUAGAAGACGGUCUAGAGGGCCUCAGCAUCGAAGAGAAAGAAAGUUUAAAAAGAAGAUAAACAAGUUUACUUAUUGCACCCAAGUUGAUGAAGUUCGGGUGAGAAAGUUACAGAUUUUAGUCAAGCUUCCGAAUGGAAAGUCUAUCCCACUGAAAGUUGAUCCCUAUGAUAGAAUAAGCAACGUUAAGCUCAGAAUUGCAGAGGAAGAAGGGAUCACUGUUGAAGAGCAACAGCUGAGCUACUUCUUCAAAGAACUUAGAGAUGAUAAGUUGAUCCAUGACUACAAGAUUCAGAACAAUAGCAUUUUGAAAUUAUGAACUAAAAGUAUGUCAUUAGCUGAGCAGGCUACUUUAGAUAUUCACACAGAUGAUGGAAUCAGGUACAAAGUGCAAACAAAUCUUGAUGCUCCAAUAUCUCAACUGAAAGGAAAGAUAGAGUCCAUUUUUGGAAACAAAGUGGUGGAUAAAGAUAUGAUUCUAAAAGGCAGACCUUUAAAUGAGAGAAGAAGCUUGAAAUUCUAUAAUUAUAACCAGGGUGAUGUACUCUACUUAGAAGACAAGAAGAUAACAAUUCAGAUUCAUAUCAAUGGAGGUCAAAUAAUUACUAAAGAAAUCAAACCAGAUGAAACAGUGAGAGGUCUCAAAGAAUCUCUCCUCGAGGAGGAUAUUAUUGAUACUCAAAAGAGUAAGUUGUUCUUUAACGGUUGCGAGCUAAAGCUGCAGUACAAAACCCUCAAACAACUAAACAUCCAACAUAACAGUAAGCUAUAUGCAUUCUAAUUUCAACAUUUAACAACUCAGACGGG